ACCGUUCCCACCAAUCAGGAUCGUGCGCAGAAGCGCUGCGCAGUUGUCCUUGGUGACGGAAAGCAAAGUUUACAGUUUGUGAUUUUCGUCUCGAACGGGAUUUAAUUUCACCAAUUUCCCGGUCACGUUGACUCAACCGACCUGGAUUAGUUGCCACUCGGACAGUGAAUCACAGACAAGUGAUAAUAAUGGACGAUGUGCUUGUCAAGAAGGCGUUCAGGUCGUGACAGGUGACAUCUUUCACAGGACAAAAGUUGCUGUGAGUUGACGGAAUUUUGUUUGUAUAUCCGACCGUUCCCUGCGACCCCCCACCCUUCCACCAGCCGCCCGCUUACCGGACAACACAACUUUCUACGUGCCGUCAUGGCAAGCGGAGCAGGGAUGUCGUGGCAGUACUACACCACGAACUCCCGCCACGGGAACGUCCCCACCGCCCAGAACGGGCAGAUAGGUGGGGACAUUCCUCCCGAACUGCACCUGAAAAUGUCCAAGAAGAUCGCCCAGCUGACCAAAGUCAUCUACGCCCUCAACACCAAGAACGACGAACACGAGCUGGAAGUGUCCAGGAUCAAGGAGGCCCACAAGGAUGAGCUCCAACAGCUCAUGGCGGAGAUGCAGGGCAAGAUCGAGCUCUACAGGAGCAAGAUUGGAAGCGAGCUGGACAUGCGGCGUCAGAUCGAAUCACUGGAGUCCACAAUCUCCGAGCACGAGAGAAUCAAACGCCAGGCCAUCACGGAGUUUGAGAUAUUCAAGCAGAACAGCGAAGAAAAGGAGCGGCAUUUGAGAUCAGAACACUCGCAGCAGCUGGCAAACUUGGCCAGGCAGCUGGAAACAGCACAGAAGGAGUUCCAGGCACAACUUAAAAGUUUCCAGCAACAGCAGCAGGCAGCCAUUGCAGAUAAGGAAACCUCCCUGCAGGAGUUGAGGUCAGUGUAUCAGAGACAGGUGGAUGAUAUACUAAACAAGCAGCGUACACAGACCUCAGAACUCGCAGGAGAAAAGGAGAAGGUCCAACAAGAGAUGGAACAACACAUCCUUAAGCUGAGACAGGAUUGUGAAAAUCUUGAGGCCCAAAACAGGCAAGUGGCUCAUGAAUACGAGGACAAGAUUUCAAAGCAGAAGGCUCUGUUUGAGAAAGAGCUAUUGGUCCUCCAGGGACAACUCAGUGAAGCACAGAACAGUCAAUUAAGCUCACAGGAAAAUGAAGGGAAGUUGAAAUCUGACAUGAGCAGGCGUAUUGCAGAGUUGACCAACAAAGUGUCUCAGCUCACACAGGAGGUUGCCAUCCGUGAUGAGGACAUUAGGAAACAUGCCAAUGACCUCUGGCAGACUAAAACGCAGCUGACAGGGAAGGACAAACAAUUAACAAAGCUUAGUGAAGAUCUGAACGCUGCAAGGGGCGAGGCAGCAACCAUGCUGGGUAAGGUAAAGGAACUAGAGGGUGAAGUAGCCUCACUAGCACAGAGAUGUGAGAACCAGGGGCAGGACAUGAUACAAAAAGCCUCUCUCCUCAGUACCCUGGAGGAGCUGCGUCUCACCAAUGAAAGCAAAAUCAGAGAUCUGCAACAGGAGUUGCAAAGGACUAACGAUCGGUCAAAGUGGCUGGAAGAACAAUGCAACGGCCUCAAAGACCAGACCCAAACAACAACCCAGAAACAGAACUCGCAGAUAGCAUCUCUUGAGAAGUCCCUGGAAAGUUUGUCCCUCGAGAAGCAACAACUUGGGGAAGAGCAUGCCAAGGAAGUGAUGAGGCUGCAAAAGGAAGCAGAAGAGUUACAGAACAGACUUCUUGCUGAGCACGCUGCCAAGAUGAACGAGUUGGAGAGACAACACCUCGCUGCCAUGGCUGCAGCACGUGAACACUGGGAGAAGGAAAUGAGCAGUCUGCAGAGAGACCUUCAAGACAAGAUGACUAUCGAGGUUGGCAAGCUCUCACAAGAGAAGAGUGUUGUGGAGUCAGAGUUAGACCAGUUGACCUCUGACCUCUCCAGCAAGCUCAGUUUCUCGGAGAGAGAAGCGGACAGGCUCCGCAAACUUGUGGAGGAGAGUCAGAGUGGCCUGGGUACCGCAACGUCUCAAAUCAACAUGCUGAGAGAAACGUCAGCAAAGUUGCAAGAGGAACUUGUUGGAGCACGUUCACAGCUGAACAAUGCCAAACAGACCAUUGAAAACUUGAGGAAAGACCUGGAAACAGCCAAGAAUGAGCACCAGACGGCGCUGAGCCGGGCCCACCAGGAUCACAUGGCUCAGCUGAAAUCUACUGCUGCAGAACUCGAAAACAGCUGGAUCGGAAGGAUGCAGAACGCCCAAGAACAGCUGAAACGCCAGCUCGAGCAGCAGUACACUGAGGAGAGGAAGGCAGCAGUGCAGCACAUCAAUGACAUACGCAUGCAGGAGAUGGAAGAAGCUCGCAAGAGCUGGCAGUCAAAGCUGAAUGACCUAACACGGCAGCUGACAGAGUAUAAGACACAGUAUGAUGCCAUGACGGUUCAAUCAGCUGCCGAGAAGGAUGCCACAAAACGCUGGGCAGAGCAAGAGAAGGACAGGCUCCAGAAAGAGCUGGACAGCAUCAUAGAAAAACACCAGGAGAAGAUUUCUGCCAUGGAGUCUGAGCAUCAGAACAUGGCCUCAGAGUUGUCCAGACAGAAAGAGGAAGACCUGAAAGCCUUACAACAGAAGCUCAGUGCUUCCCAUGCAUCUGCUCUGUCUGCUGAGAGGGAGCAGCAUCAGCAGGCUCUGGUGUCUGUCAGGGAACAGGCACAGGCUUCACUGCAGACAGAAGUCUCCAAAGUUAAGGAGAUGUUAGGUCGAGACAUGGACAACCUACGAAUGGAACUGGCUCACAUGCACGCCGCUGAGCUGGAAGAGUUGAACCGAGGUCACCGUGCCCAGCUGCAGGCUGCCCGUAUGGAGCUGGAACGUGCCAUGCAGAUCAGCCAACGGCAGCAGCAGGAGAGUGACUCCAAAAUCUUUGACCUGCAGGAAAAUCUGCAGCAGAAAACCACCAAUGUGGAAAACCUACAGCGGCAAAUGUACGGCUUGGAAACCAGCGUCAGCAGCCUGCGGAAAGAGCUUGAUGCUAAAGGACAAGAGAUCCUGCGUGUGCGAAGUGAAACAAAUCAAAUCAUGUACCAUCGUGAGAACGAACUGAGACAGCAACACCAAUUGGACAUUGACAACCUCACUGCUGAGCACCUUCGAGAGACUCAGUCCAUGCUCGGAGAUUUCAACCGGGCACAGGAACUUCUCAAAGACAAAAUCUCAGCCCUCCAAAUCAAACUUGAAGAGGCAGAGGACAGAUUCCAAAGGAGAGAGUCCCGUCCUGAAGACUUAGAUAUGAUUAAGAACUUGAGAGAAGCACUGAGUAGCCGUGAACUUGAAAUGAAGAAGUUGAUUGAGGAGAAGCGGUACUACCAACUAGAACUGGUGAACAGGGAGACUAACUAUAACAAGGUGUUUAGUGCCAUGGGGCCAAAUGUAGGGGUGAUGAAUCCACUGGCCACAAAGAGAAAGAAGACUGAGAAAAGUGGACCAACGAGGUUCGAAAGUGCACCAAAUUUGAUGGCACUAGGCGGUCCACCCAGGUUAGACCCUCUUCCUGGGUCUUCCUCCCCCACAAAUGACUUUUUCCAUGCAGGAGGGGGUAAAGUGUUACCAGUACCGUCUCCCCCCAAGCAGCCAAAAAAGUUUUUGCAGUGACCAUGACAUGAUACAAAUGUUUGUGUGUCUGAGUGUGAUGAUAUAUUUAUAUAUACACAAUGUAUGUAAAACUGAACAGUGGUCUGAGAUGGUUGAAAAGUUCUCAUGUAACAUCACAGAUAUUCAGACAGUUUGAUUGUGUGGCUUUAUUUUCUAUGUGUAAAUAUACACAAUGAUUUUGAGUCAAGUGAAAAGUUUUAAUGUGCUGUUGGGAACUGUGAAAAACAUGGCCUUUAAAGUAAUAUAUCACUGCACAGGGUCACAGUGCAUUUCCUGUUCAACAUUCUCUCACAAGAAAAGUGUUUGCACAGCUGGCUUGAAAAGCCCUGACAGUUGUACUCUUAGCAGAGGUGGUCUGAUUUAUGUUUUUGCUGAAAUCCCUUUUGUUCUGUCAGUCUGCAAAAAGCAUCAGAACUAGCACUGGGAUCCUGUAGUCUGGUAAAAUUGUUGACUAAAUAUGUAGCUAUCUGACCCAAUUUACUUUGUCUGUGGUGACAUAGUUUUAUCUUGAAUUCUGUCUUUAAAACAUUUAGGCAACAUGAAGAUCGAUAACUCCUCUCCAAACUCAAAAUUAAACAAUGUUGCCAUGGGCAAAAUUCAUUUUGCAAACAACUCCUUUGAGCUUUCAUGUUUUCUGAAUGAUUGCUCAAAGCAUUUGACUUUUUAUGUUGCCAGGGAAGUAAGUCACAGUGCUUAGCAAAUUGGCAUUGAUUGAUUUCAUAUUUUACCUCGAGAACUUUAGUGCCAAUGUGUACAUACUAUGAAGUAUCUUUGACACUGUAGUAUAUGGUACUUGUCAGAUAUUCUACCACCAAUAUUGUAAACAAUACAAAAUGUACCAGAUCCUGUCCGUCCUAUGUACUAAGGAGCCAAGUUUUUAGACAACUUUCUUUUUAACACAAGUGUAUUUGUGAAGUUGUGUGUAAACAUAAUGUUUGGGUGCCAAAAUGUUAUUUGUUAUGAAUGGUAAACUCACAAAGUUAUAUUGUACAAAGUACUUACCACAAGACCACUUCAACUAUUUUGUGUGCACAAUCAAUAUGACACAAAAUCAUUUAUUGACAUAUUAAACAUGCAUAUUGUGCUGAAGACCACUGUCAUUCUCCUUUGAUUAAUCUGGUAUCAUGAUAUGAUUAAGAAAAA